AUGACCACAAUUCGCCAGAGAAUCGAUACCCAACAUCGUGAUGCCAUUCACGACGCUCAACUCAACAUCUACGGAAAUCGACUUGCCACGUGUGGAUCCGAUCGUCUUGUCAAGAUUUUUGAGGUCCGCCCAAACGGUCAAUCGUAUCCACUAAUCGAACUAUCCGGACACAAUGGACCAGUAUGGAAAGUAUCAUGGGCUCAUCCAAAAUACGGUGGACUUCUUGCAUCGGCUGCUUAUGAUAAAAAAGUGAUAAUCUGGCAAGAAAUCAAUGGCCGCUGGCAGAAAUCGUACGAAUGGGCGUGUCAUGAGGCGUCGACGACUUCCGUCGCAUUCGCCCCUCAUCAAUACGGUCUCUGGUUGGCUUCAUCGUCAGCCGACGGUGAUAUCGGAAUUCUUCGUUACGAUUCAGUCACCGGACAAUGGCAAUCGUCGAAAAUCCAGAAAUGUCACGAACAGGGAGUGAAUUCUGUCUCAUGGGCACCCGGAAGUGCUGAUCCGACGGCGAAGAAGCGUCUCGUGUCGGCUGGAAACGAUAAAUGUGCAAAGAUUUGGGUUUUAAACGAGUCGACAAACGAAUGGAUUCUGGAGAAAACUCUCAACGGACACACAGAUUUCGUCCGUGAGGCGGCAUGGUGUCCAGUGACAAACAAAGGACAACAUUCGAUCGUUUCGUGUGGUUUGGAGGGAAAUCUCGUUUUGUACCGUAAUUCGAAUAUCGAAACCGACGAAUGGAAGUCGAAAUUGUUGGAGAAAUCGCCGUGUCCACUGUAUCACGCUUCGUUCUCACCGUGUGGAUCGUUUUUGUCCGUUUCUGGUGAUGAUAAUAUGAUCACAAUUUGGCGUGAAAACUUGCAAGGACAAUGGAUAAAAGUGCCACGAGAGAAUAAAGAAAGAGAGGGAAUGACGGCGUCGCAAGGAGGACAAUCCAACGGAUCACAGAGAUAG